GUGUUUUGGUACAUCACUUUUUAAACCAAUCAAAUAAAAGAGAGUUCCACGUCAAAUCAACACCUAAUUUUAGUAUUAACACGUCCAAACACACUGUAAUUUCAAUAUUUGCAAUUGCAAACAAUCCCUCAUCCAUUUAUCGUUAAAGUCCGUAGAGGGUAGACCAAACGGCUGCCGUUACAGACCGCAGAAAGCAAAAAACAACUCGCCGAAAUAAGGGAGCGGCUGCGCAAGGAAUAAGAACUCGCCGAAUUAAGGAGGAAGAAGAACCUGCGGCGCAAAUAACCUGUGGUGCCCAAUUAUGGAAGACGCUGCGCCGCCCGACGAAGAACCAUCAACUCCAAAAGAAAUUACAUACUCCGGUGAGAACGCAGAGAUGAAUAUAUGUGGCAGUUCAUCAUAUGAUAAUUCAGAUGUGGAAGGCGGUUCUCUUUCAAGUGGUGAAAGUGAAAAUUCUGGUGAUGGACAUGGCGCCGACAUGGAUCUUGAAGAUGGUGAGUUUAAAAGGAUCUCAGAUUUGACGCCAGAUGAGAUACGUGCACUACAUUUUGGAAGUGAAGAUGAAGCCUAUGAGUUUUACACGAAGUAUGCUAAAUGUCAUGGUUUUGUGGUAAGGAAACACAGUGUACGUCGUAACAAAAGUAACAAAUUGGUUACACGUCACUUUGUAUGCAAUAGACAAGGAUUAAGAAACCCAAAACAUCUGACAAGGUCUGACAGGAAAAGAGGUCAUAGACCGUUAACCCGAACUAAUUGUGAUGCAAAGUUUCAUAUACGUUAUAAGGCAAAAGAUUCAUGUUGGAUAGUGACAUGUUUUCAAGAGACUCAUAACCAUGAAUUGGCCCCUUCAAAAUAUGUGCAUUUAUUAUCUGCUUACCGUGGAAUGACUGAUGCAGAUAAAGCACAGGUUGAUAGCCUCCAUUCACAGGGAAUUAGAACUUGUCAUAUCAUGGGAUACAUGGUGGCACAAAAAGGUGGAUACAAUAGUGUUGGCUUUACAAAAAAAGACCUUUACAACUAUUUUGAUAGCAAAAUGCAUGGUGAUAUUAAAGAUGGAGAUGUUAUUGCCGCAUUAAGCUAUCUCCAUGGAAAAGCUGAUAACGAUCCCAUGUUAUAUGCCAAAUUCUCUACUACUGAUGAUGGGAGACUUCGACAGAUUUUUUGGGCAGAUGGUAAGAGCAGAUCUGAUUUUGCAUUCUUUGGGGAUGUGCUUGCUUUUGACACAACGUACAAGAAGAACAAGUACAAUUAUCCUCUUGUUAUUUUAUCAGGAUGCAAUCACCAUUUACAGACUACUAUAUUCGGUUGUGCUUUGGUUUCAGAUGAAACAACUGAAACUUACAAGUGGGUGCUAGAAUCUUUUCUGGAAGCUAUGGGCAAUAAGCAUCCCAACGCAGUAGUGACAGAUAGUGAUGGAGCUAUGAGGGAGGCUAUAAAACAGGUAUUUCCGGCUGCACUUCAUAGACUAUGUGCGUGGCAUCUGCAUAAGAAUGCAUGUGAAAAUGUAAAGAUCCCUCUUUUUCUGAAGGAUUCCAAGACUGUUAUGUAUGCCAAUUUUACACGUGAUAAAUUUGAGGCGUUUUGGAAAGAUAUGGUUGCGCAGCAUGAUCUUGAGGGGAACAGUUGGGUUCUCAAAACCUACAACAAUAGGUACUUCCACCAACAAUAGGUACUUAUAUAGAUAUCUAAGUGGAUAUCUAUUAUUAAUUCCAACAAUCAGUUUAGGGUUUUUCCACCAAUGGUAGAUAUUUAGGCUGUUCAAGGGCUUAUAUUGAUGAGAAUAAGCCCUAUAUGUACUUUUAACUUAUCAAUAUUACCCGAACUCUUUACCUUUUACACAUUAAAUUGAUAUGAGC